AUGACUACUUCAAUAUAAGUGCUGAACUAAUAAGUUUCAAAAUAAGAAUAAUAAUAAUAAGAAUUUUUACAAUAAAUUAAUCAAGAAAUUGUUACUAAUAAUAAAUUAAAGGACAAUUUACAAGAAUUAUCGAAUUCAAGUGAAUAAAAACUAUAAUAGUUAGCAACAAAAUAUGAUGAUUUAAAUAAAUAAAUAGAUGAAGUUUAGUAAGACAUAUAUGGAAUGAAAAAUUCAACUAUAAUUUAAGAUAAAUUAUAAUAAUUAGAAAACAGUAUUGAUACAAAAUAAAAAACAAUUCAUGAGAAAAUAGAAGAAUUGAGCAGCAAUAUUGAAAAAAAGAACACUGAAUAAUUAUCAAAAUUAUAAUAAGAAAAAUAAGAACUAUUAAAAAAAAUUAAUGAGGAAAAGAUUGAAACUAAUUCAUAAUUAGAAUAAUAAAAUAAUAAAUUCGAAUAAAUUAUCAAAGAAAAUAAAGAAGAAUUUACUAAAUAGGAAAAAUCAAUAUCAUCAGUUGCCUAAUCUAUUAAAGAGGAAAAUUAGGCAAAUGCUUAAUUAAAAAAAGAAAUAAAGGAACUUGGAGAUCAAAAUUAGAAAGGAAUAUCAUAGUUGGCUAUUAAAAUUGAUAAUUAGUCUAAAGAAUUAAUUAUAAUAAAUUCUGCUUUAGAAUAUUUGUCCCCAGAGAAAAUUUUGUUAUACCAUUUCAAAAAUAGAAAUCGCUUAGAAAGUUCAAAAUAAUAUUUAAAAUAAAAAUUUGUUAAUUUUGAGAAUGUAUUUGUUCAUUUUGAGAAUGUACUAAAGCCAAAUCUACUUAAAGAAGAUUUUUGGAUCAAAAUAUUUUAUAUUUUACAAGAGAAGACUAAAAAAGUUAUCAAAUAGUCUGAUUUGAUUUAUU